AUGGCGAACGAUGCUCUUCAUGAAGAUGAUAAGCAUCAUCCCUAUCUCUCAGGCAACUUUGCCCCAAUCCAGUCAUGUCUUCCGUUGACAGCAUGCUCGUAUGAGGGCACGAUACCAGUUGACCUCGCAGGAGGCCAGUAUGUUCGCAAUGGCGGUAACCCCCUCACUAAUGACGACCCAACUCGAGCUGCGCAUUGGUUUGAUGGCGACGGCAUGCUCAGCGGGGUCCUCUUUCGGCGCGUGGGCGAGAAGCAGACCCAAAUCCAGCCCGAGUUCGUGAACCAGUACUUGUUGACGGACGUCUACUGUUACGCCAAAGAGAGCAAGUCUCUACGUCGGCCCGUCCUGCCCAGCAUUGCGACGCUUGUUAACCCAGCCCUCAGCAUGUUCCGCAUCAUUUUUGAGGUUUUUCGCACCAUAUUCCUGGUACUCCUGUCACGACUUCCUGGGACUGGGCGAUCGAUCAAGAAGAUCAGCGUCGCGAAUACCAGUGUGCUUUUCCACAACGGUCGCGCGCUGGCAACAUGCGAAAGCGGGCCGCCUCUGAGAUUUGCUCUGCCGAGCCUCGAGACCAUCGGCUGGUUCAAUGGACGAGUUGCUGAAAACGAGCCGAGGAGUAUCAGCGAAAGCGGUUUUGGAGGAACCGGUGUCACGUCCUUCAUGAAGGAAUGGACUACCGCCCACCCGCGCGUUGAUCCAGUCACAAAGGAGCUCAUUACCUUCCACUCAACCUUCAUCAAGCCCUUUGUGCGGUACUCUGUCGUUCCUCCAACAUCGUCGAAACUAGCAACAAGCCAGGCCAUGUUCGAUGUGGCAGUUCCCGGAGUUGAGUCGCCGAAGAUGAUGCACGACUUUGGUGUGUCCCGGCGGCACACCGUCAUCAUGGACCUCCCGCUUUCACUCGACCCGAUGAACCUGAUCCGUGGUGUCGCCAGCUUGUCAUACGAUUCCGCAGGCAAGUCGCGGUUUGGAAUCUUCCCCCGGCAUCAACCUGACGCGGUCCAAUGGUUUGAGACCAAUCCAUGCACUGUCUUCCACACUGCGAAUUGCUGGGACUCGGUAUCGGCACCAACUGAUCUCAAUGGGCCGACAACGUCAGUCAACUUGAUUGCUUGCCGGCUCACAUCCGCAUCGUUAGUCUUCAGCGCAGGCAAUCUCCCUACACCAGAAGUGAAGCCGGUCCCGCCUGAGUAUGCAGAGGAAGAGCAGUGUCGGCUCUACUACUACAACUUCCCCCUGUCAGGCAUCCCCGGCGUCCAGUUCAACAUCCGACAUCAAUGGGCUUUGUCGGCCAUCUCACUCGAGUUUCCCACUGUAUCACCGGAGUACUCGAUGCAAGAGGCUCGUUACGUUUACGGUUGUUCGACUGGAGAGGCCUCCUACACCGUCGCGCUUGGCAAAGCGGCCAAGAUUGACCAUUUGGCCAAGGUCGACGUCCGUACGCUGAUCAACCGAGGAAUUGCGAAACCCCCACAACCAGUCAAAGGCUGUGUUGACACACGCAAUGUGACUCAGGUUCUGGAGAGUAAGGACCCGAAAGACCCAAUCAAGCUGUUCAAGAUGCCCGAGGGCUGGUAUGCCCAGGAGCCACGCUUUGUGGCUCGAUCGCAGCCGCAGACGGAGGACGACGGGUGGUUGUUGACUUACGUCUUUGACGAAUCACAACUUGACAGCAAGGGGGUCUGUCGCCCUAACGCCGCGAGCGAGCUUUGGAUAAUCGAUGCCAAGGAAAUGAAGAGUGUGGUUGCAAGAAUAAAGCUACCACAGCGUGUGCCAUACGGAUUGCAUGGUACCUGGUUUAGUGAAGACGAAAUCAGGUGCCAGAUACCUUUUGAAAGAGUGCGUACCGUUCAUAAUGACGACCAGAAGAUGGAAGCAUUCCAGGAAGAUGGGGAUGACAGCGAUGAUGAGCUCAUGGGCCUGCUGGCGUUGGACUCUUUGAUACCAUAG